AUGAAGCAAAAUAAGGGACUAAGGAAAAAAUGGGAUUUUGAAUCAAAACAACAAGAUUCAAUGAUGUCAAGAAGUUAUUAUGAAGGAUGUAAUGUUGUCAUUGUAGUAUUUGAUAUUUCUGAUAGAACAACAUAUGAAAGUGUUAAAGGAUGGUUAAAAGAUGUUGGGUAUUAUGCACCUAAAGAUAUUAUUAAAUAUCUUGUAGGAAAUAAAACUGAUUUAGCUGCAAAUAGAAUUGUUUCUAGUCAAGAGGCAGAAGACCUUGCUAAAAGAGAAGGGUUUGAAUAUAUUGAAACAAGUGCUAAAUCAAAUAAUAAUGUAGAUGAAUUGUUUCAACAAAUUGGAAGAUUAUUAGUUCAAAAUAAUUUAUUAAUAACAACAAAUACACCACAACCAUUUCCUAAAUUAAAGAAGAAAACACAGUGUUGUAUUAUUGUAUAA